AUGGCAUCUCGAGUGAUAAUCGCCACAACAGUUCUUCUCUGCUUUCUUCUUCACCUCCUUCCCCACUUCCCAGUACGCGCCACCACAAUCUCCGGCAGCAACAGCAGCAGCAACGACGCCGGCCACCGUGACAUCGACUGCCUGAAAUCAAUCAAGUCAUCGAUCGUCCUCGACCCACUCAACCGCCUGACGUCAUGGGACUUCGACAACGACACCAACGCCGGACUCUGCAAAUUCCCAGGAAUCGACUGCUGGCACGCGAGCGACAACAAGGUCCUCGGCAUCCAUCUCCCCAACUUGGGUCUCGCCGGAGAAUUCCCACGAGGGAUUGAGAACUGCGAUUCCAUCACCAGCUUGAACCUCUCCGGAAACCAACUCUCCGGCCAAAUCCCAUCUGACAUCGCCACAAUGCUCCCCUUUUUAACCAUCCUCGACCUCUCCAACAACAACCUCUCCGGUGAAAUCCCGGCGAGCUUGUUCAAUUGCUCCUACUUGAACGUUGUGAGGCUUGACAAGAACCGGUUGACGGGCCGGAUCCCUGAUGGGAUUCAUCAGCUUGACAGGCUGAGGAACUUCAGCGUGUCGCAUAAUUUGUUGUCGGGGCGCAUCCCUGCUUUCGAGAGAAUGCAGGGGAUUUGGGCUGCGGGAAGCUUUGUCAACAAUUCAGGGCUCUGUGGUGGUCCUCUGGAUCCUUGUUCACCUUCUCCUGGUCCAACCAAAGCUUCCCAGUUUCUGGGUUUCUUUAGAAAUGGCUUCAUCGUUGGCUUCGCGGCGGUUGAGCUGUCUGUUUUGAUCUAUGUCUACUGGUUUUACAUCCGUAAUUCCAGAGGGAAGAACAAGGCCGGAGUUGGGAUUUGCAGGCCCGUAGCCGAUUAUGGUCGCGGCAGGAAUGUAAAGAUAUCCGUCCUGGAAACCCUGGUGACGAGGAUGAGCUUCAAGGAACUCUGUGCAGCAACCUCCAAUUUCAGCGCAGACAACAUCAUCGGCACCGGAACCACCGGAACCAUCUACAAGGCAAUGCUUCCCAAUGGCUGGUUCCUAGCAGUCAAGCGCCUCCACCAUCCAAGAGUAGAACAACACUUCAACAACCCCCAUUGCUUCAUCUCCGAGGUCAUGACUUUAGGGAGAUGGAGGCACCAGAACCUGCUACCGAUCCUCGGAUUCUGCAUCCACAGCAGCGAGAAGCUACUUGUGUACAAGUACAUGUGCAAUGGCACGCUCCGCGACUGGCUUCUCGGUCACCAAGAUCGCGACAUGAAGUGCCUCGACUGGCCCGUGCGGUUCAAAAUUGCAGUCGGGCUAGCCAGGGGAUUGGCCUGGCUGCACCACUGCUGCAGCGUUCAGAUAUUCCACCUCGACCUCACUUCCGGGUGCGUGUUGCUGGACCAAGGGUUCGAGCCGAAGCUGUCGAAUUUCGGGCGCGCCAUGUUCGUGAACCCGAACGAUCACGACCAUCGGUCGGGGAAUUUGGUGCUUGGUAAGGGGUUUUUGGAGCUGGGUUUCGCGAAGAAAGAUGUUCACAGCUUUGGGGUUGUGGUGUUGGAGCUGAUUGGUGGUAGAGAAGUAAGUGAUGGCGAGAGUUUUGGGGGCCAAAUUGAUGAAUGUGUGGCUGGGAAAGGUUGCGACGGGGAGAUUGUUCAGGUGAUGAGAGUUGCAAAGGAUUGUGUUCAGCCGAUGGUCGAUAAAAGGCCGACGAUGCUUCAAGUGGUUCAGAGGCUGACCCAAAUUGAACAAGGGUGUUGCGGUUGCGGUACUGAUGUGCAAGGUUAUGAACCGGUUGUGGUUCCCUCAGUGGUGAUUGAAAUGGGCCAAGGCAUUGGGUCUAAAUAUAGGUAAAGUAGUAUGUAGAUAUGAAGUAAACACUAUGACCUUAACCAACUUUUUGAGAGUACUAAUUUGUCCUAAUAUCAAAAUGUUAGAUUCAAGUGAAAUUGAAUACAUCCUCGAUUGGAAUGUGUAACGCCCCAUCCGAAAUCUUUAUGG